AUGAAGUUCCAACUUUCCACUCUUGUCCUUGCCUCUCUCGCUGUUGCCCCUAUUCUUGCUCAACAAGAAAACUGCAACUGUGAUCCCUCUGAUACCGAAUGCAUUUCAGGCUGUGUUACGGGUACCAAUGAUUGCGUUACUCAAUGCAAGAAUGAUACCGAUUGCUUCCAACAAUGUGUGAAGGGAUGGCCUGGUGUUGGCGAAUCCGGUAGUGCAGGUGCUGGUGGUAGCGAUGGUGCUGCUCAACCUACUGCCAGUGAUGGUGGUGCUGCUGCUGGUGCCAGUGGUAGUGAUGCCGCUGGUGGUGCUGAUCCCACUGCUGCUCCUUCAGGUGGUGAUGCCGCUGCCUCUGGUGAUGCCUCUGCUUCUGGUGAUGCUGCUGCUUCUGGUGACGCUGCCGCAAGUGGUGAUGCCGCUGCUUCCUCUGGUGCUGCUGCCUCUGGUGACGCUGCUGCAAGUGGUGAUGCCGCUGCUUCUUCUGGUGCUGCUGCUUCUGGUAGUGAAGGUGCUUCAGCUUCAUCCUCUGGUGCUGCCUCUGAUGCUUCUGGAAGUGAUGCUGCUUCUGAAAGUGAUGCCGCAGCUGAUGGUGAGAGUGCUGCCAAUGGUCGUGCUUAUCCCCAAAUGCUCCUUGGUGCUGUUGCAGCUGCCAUUGCCACUGCUUUCUUCGCUUAG